CAUUAUUAUUGUAAAGGAAAAAAAAAGGAAAGAUUGAGGAGAAAACAAAACGCACCGCGUCGGUCGUGCAGCAAGCAACGCUUCUCUUUACACACGCCUCUCUCUCUGUAGCUUCCUUCCUCCCUCCCUCAUUUAUCAUUCAUUCUCCGACUCUCUUCCCAGUUUUUCUUCUUGUACGCUCUCUCUCUCACGAACCUCUUCUCUCCGUUUCCGAAUCCUCCCUUGGUUAGAUCUGUUUUGUUGAAAGGGGAGGGGAUUGAGAUUUAGAUAAUGCAAGAGAAUGAUGAUCUUCCGCAUGAUUCGGUUGAUUCUGUCGCUGACGGAAUCGAAAAUGAUGACCACUCAAACGACGAGCAGCAAGAGCUUGAUCCUGACCACGGAACAGCUUUCGUGGACAGUAAGGAAGAUAUGUUCGUCGAUGCUCCCGAAGAGUUGAAUUUUGAUACACCUAGCAAGGAAGCUCUCACCACAGACGACGAUGAUGACAAUAAUGAUAAAGAGGAUAGGGAGAAGGAGCUUGCAGUGUUGAAGGAACAGUUUAACCUCUUGACUGCUGAGAACAACGAAGAUGUGAACACCGUUGAGAUACUCAGCCGCUUCUCAAAGUUUCUAGAUACUGCCGACGAAGAGAAGACUCAGCACGAGGAUGCAAUCAAGGAGCUUCGUGGGAUUAUCAGUGGCAAGGACGACGAGAUUGCUCAUCUCACCACCAAGAUCUCUGAGCUUUCUGGACAUCACUCACAGAACGAGGAGCUACUUGAGGCUGCAACUGAUAGGAUUCUGCUUUCUCUUAGUAACGUGUUUGGGCAAGAAGAGCCGCAGCAUGGCUCUUCUGUCUCUGAAAAGAUUGCUCAUCUGGAGAGUGGAGUUGCGUUUUUGAGUGUUAAGUACACUGAGUUUUACUACGGUGCUGAUCAGUUGAGGAAGUGUUUGUCUAGUGCUGAGGCGGAUCUUCGUUUCCAAGAGGAUUUUGGUUCGGCUCUAGGUGGUGCUUGUUCUGAGUUACUUGAGCUCAAACAGAAGGAGGCAUCGCUUUAUGAGAGGCUUAGCCAUCUAGAAGAUGAGAAUAGGAAACUGGUUGAGCAAGUGAAUAAAGAUAGAGAGAUGAUUGAGUCGAUGACUGCAGAGUCUGGAAAGUUGAAGGCGGAGCUUGAGCAAGAAAAGACAAGGUUUAGUAACACGAAAGAGAAGCUCAGCAUGGCUGUAACAAAGGGGAAGGCGUUAGUUCAGAACCGGGAUGCUCUGAAGCAUCAGAUAUCUGAGAAAACAACGGAGCUUGAGAAUAGGUUGACUGAAUUACAGGAGGCGAAGAUUGCCCUUGAAUCUUCUGAGGCUGUGAAGGGCCAGCUGGAGCAAUCGUUAGCUGAAAAGUCAGAUGAACUCGAGAAGUGCUUUACUCAGUUGCGUGAUCAGUCUGUAUCCCUGGAAGCAUAUGAGCUUGCAAAGAACGAGUUGGAACAGUCUCUGGCCGAGAAAACAAAAGAACUUGAAGAGUGUUUGAUGAAGCUACAGGAGAUGUCAACAGCAUUGGAUGAAUCUGAACUCAUCAAAGGUGAGAUAGUGAAAUCCGAAGCUUUGGUUGCAUCGUUUCAGGAAAUGGUAUCCUCAAGGAGCUCUGUCAUUGAAAAUAUCGAAACCAUCUUGUCAAACAUAGAUACACCUGAGGAAGGUCAGUCUCUCGAUAUCAUUGACAAAGUUAGGUCACUUGUAGAAGAGAGGAAAGAGCUCAAGCAUAAUUCCCAGGAAUACAACAAGCUAAAAGAUUUGAACUUUCCCAUAGACUUGCCGGAGGAGCUUUCGCAAUCCAGCUUGGAAACUCGCCUAACUUGGCUGAGGGAAUCAUUUUUACAGGCAAAGGAUGAAGUCAGUGCCCUGCAAAACCAAAUUGAAAGCUUAAAGAUGUCUCUUUUAGAAGAAACGGAGGAGAAAAGUAACAUUAGAAAGGAACUCGAUGAUCUAAGUUCCAGUUUUAAAAGAUUGGAGGAAACUGCAGAGCGAGAAUCUUUGGAAAGAGAGGAAAUUAGUGCCCUGCAAAACCAAAUUGAAAGCUUAAAGAUGUCUCUUUUAGCAGAAACGGAGGAGAAGAGUAACAUUAGAAAGGAACUCGAUGAUCUAACUUCCAGUUUUAAAAGAUUGGAGGAAACUGCAGAGCGAGAUUCUUUGGAAAGAGAGGAAAUUGUGAGGAGACUUUUGGGAAUCUCUGGCUUGAUGACAGAAGGAGUCGAACAUCAUACUUCAUCUAUCGAUUUGCUUGUUUCCAGAUCCUUUGAUCAGAUAGAAAAGAAAAUCAGAGACUCUAGUGACAGUUCUUAUGGCAACGAAGAAUUGAUUGAAAGAUUCCAAAGUGUCCUUUAUUCUAGUGAUCUGGAGUUGUCACUUUGUAAGGAAAUGCUAGGCGAGGAUAUGCUGGCUAGUUUGCAGGUAUCUAAUCUCUCAAAUGAGCUAAAAACCGUAUCUCGAGAACUUGCUUCCGUGAAAGAAGAAAAAAAAGCUCUGGAGACAGAUCUUGAGCGAUCAGAGGAGAAAUCUGCUUUGCUCCGAGACAAACUUUCCAUGGCUAUCAAGAAAGGCAAGGGACUUGUCCAAGAUAGGGAAAGGUUAAAAACUCAGUUGGAUGAGAAAAGCUCUGAAAUCGAGAAGCUGAUGCUGGAGUUGCAGCAGGCAACUGGUACGGUUGAUAGCUACAAGAGUCAGAUAGAUAUGAUAUCGAGAGACUUAGAGCGCACAAAAGAGCUAGAGGCUGAACUUGUUGCUAUUAUAGACGAAAGAGAUCAGCUUAAGCAGUCCUUUUCUCUGAAUGACACCUUGUUGCAGAAAGUGAUGAAAUCAGUUGAAACCAUGAGUAUCCCUGUUGAUUUAGCAGCUGAGGAUUCUUCAGAAAAGGUUGACCGACUUGUUGGGUACUUCAAGGAAGUGCAGCAGGCUAGAGUAGAGGAACAAGAAGAACUGGAAAAAGUAAAAGAUGAAGCCAGUACAUUAGCCAGUAAAUUAGAAGAAACCCACACAGCCUUGAAAUUGGUUGAGGAUGCCUUGUCUACUGCAGAGGGUAACAUCAAUCGACUUGCUGAGGAGAAUAGGCAACUCCAAGCGUCCAAGGAAGAUGUUGAACUUGAGCUGCAGAAAGCAGUGGGAGAGGCCUCCUCUCUGUCUAGCGAGCUGGAUGAAACUUGUGCAACCAGGAAUACACUUGAAGCUGCACUCAUGCAGGCUGAAAGAAAUAUAUCUGAUAUCAUCAGUGAAAAGGAAGAGGCUCAAAGCAGUACUGCUACUGCAGAGAUGGAGCUCGAGAAGGUGAAAGAAGAAGUUUCAAAUCAGAAUAACAAAUUAGCAGAAGCACAUAGCACCAUAAAAUCACUUGAAGAUACACUUGCUCAGACAGAAAGCAACAUGGAAUCACUGUCCAAACAAAUGGAAGAUGACAAACUUAUUACUACAAAUUUGAAGACAGAGUUAGAGAAGCUUCGAGAUGAGGUAGAGUUAGAGCGUAGCAAGAUGGCCGAUGCUUCCGUGACAAUAGGAUCCCUCGAAGAGGCACUAAUGAAGGCGGAUAACAGUCUUUCUGUCCUGCAAGGAGAAAUGGUAAAAGCUGAAGCCGAGAUAUCAACUCUCAGUAGUAAACUUAAUGUAUGCAUGGAAGAGUUAGCUGGAUCAAGUGGAGACACACAGAACAAGUCUCUGGAGAUUAUUACUCAUCUUGAUAAUCUUCAGAUGCUACUGAAGGAUGAAGGGCUAGUUUCCAGGGUGAAUGAAUUCCUUGAAAGGAAAUUCAGGAGCCUUAAAGACAUAGAUGUCAUUGCUAGAGAUAUCAUAAGAAAUUUUGGUGAGAAGAAAUUGGACAACGUUACAGAGGAUGAUUCGACUGUGGUAAAAUCCUUGUUGAGUGGUCUUGAUGAUUCAGUGGAUACAGAGCUGGAGAAUAAUAAAGGGGAUGUAGCUGAUGAAGACGAAAUUUCUUCAUCCCUUAGGAAGAUCGCAGAGGGGGUCAAGCGUAGAAACAAAAAUUUUGAGAAAAACUUUGAGGUUUUCUCAACUUCCAUUGAUUCACUCAUUGCAGCAUUAAUGGAAAACAUGACAGCAUCUAGGGCUGAUGUGAUGAAUGUCAUGGAUCAUAAUGAGUCCCUGAAAGAACAGGUGAGGAGUGCAGAAGAUAUUGUUCGCGAACAGGAAAACACUAUAUCUGCAUUACAAACAGAUUUGUCAUCUUUGAUGUCUGUAUGUGGCGAGACUACCAGCAAACUGCAAUCGGAAGUGAAAAAUGACCUCCUAGAGGUUGUUCAGUUCCAAGAAAAUGAUAACGGUAGUGAAACUGAAUUAACAGGACACCCACAGGAGAAUCAUGGAAGUGAAUGCUCUCGGACAGUAAAAGAAUUAUCUUCUGCUACAAAGAAAGCGUGUACCGCUCUGAAGCACUUUGAGACAACAAGUACUGCAGCUGCUGUUGUUAUACGAGAUAUGGAGAGCAGGCUAAAAGAAACAUCUGCCGCUCUAGAAAAGGUUGUGGUAGAAAGAGAUCUAGACCAAACUAAGGUUUUAAGUUCAGAGGCCAAGGUGGAAUCUAUGGAAGCGAUCUGCCAAGAUCUGAAACUUCAGCUGGAAAAUUUCAGAGCCGAAGAAGAGAAAUGGCAUGAUAAAGAGGUGGGACUUUCUACGUUGUAUGACAAACUGUUGGUGCAAGAGCAAGAAGCAAAGGAAAACCUAAUUCCAGCUUCUGAUGUGCGUUCCCUUUUUGACAAGAUACGUGGUAUUGAGGUGCCGUCAGUUGAUCAGGUCAAUGGAUUAGAUUCUCAGAGUCCAUAUGAUAUAAAGAAGCUACACGCAAUUGUUGAUAGUGUUAGUGAGAUGCAGCAUCAGAUAGACCUUUUAUCAUAUGAGCAAAACGAGCUCAAUUCCACCUUGGCAGAAAAGGAUCUUGAAAUUCAAGGUUUGAAGGAGGCGGCUGAAGCAAAUACUACGGCCGAGCUAGAGUUAGUGAAGGCAGAGAACGAAUUGUCCAAGCUAAUAUCUGGCUUGGAGAAACUGCUGGGCAUGUUGGCGGGCAGUGAUCCUGUUAAAGACUCAGACUUCUCUGAGUCAUGGUCACUCUUACAAGCACUAGAGAGAAAAAUAGCUUCCCUUCUCCUAGAGUCAGAGAGUUCAAAAUCUAGAGCCCAAGAACUUGGUCUAAAGCUAGUCAGCAGCGAGAAACUUGUGGAUAAAUUGUCGCUAAAAGUUAGAGAAUUUGAAGAUAAACUUCAAAGCAAAGCUAUUCAGCCUGAUGUCGUUCUUGAAAGGAGCAUCUUCGAAGCACCUUCUACCUCAGAGAUAUCCGAGAUUGAGGACAAGGGAGCCACGGUGAAAAAAUCAAUAUCACCUGUGCCUACAGCAGCGCAAGUGAGAACAGUGAGGAAAGGAUCAGCGGAUCAUCUUUCAAUCAACAUAGAUUCAGAGUCCGAGCAUUUGAUGAACAACAACGAAACAGAUGAAGAUAAAGGACAUGUUUUCAAGUCUCUCAACAUGUCUGGUCUGAUUCCAGCGAAAGGAAAGAUGAUAGCAGAUCGGGUCGAUGGGAUAUGGGUCUCAGGUGGAAGAGUAUUAAUGAGCCGUCCUCAAGCAAGGCUUGGCGUUAUUGUAUACAGUCUCUUAUUGCAUCUGUGGCUCCUAGCUUCCAUCUUGUAACUAGACAGGUGAUUGAUAUCUCUUAGGCCUCUCACAUGAAACUACAUACAACAGAAACACACAAAAUUUCUCUUUCCCUAUUUUUCCAUUCUUUGUCGACCCGUAAACAGAGAAAGAUAGGUGUCAUCUUGUAUAUACCCUUGAAUAAUGUCUCGAUUAUCCGCGAGAUUGUCUUCAUCUAUUUCUUCAGUUUCGUAGUCCUAGAAUGUUUUGGUUAGGACUCAGUACGUUAUUACAGGUGGUUGUUUGUCUUAAGACAUUUGUUGUCCCAUGACGUUUUUGCAUCUGCAACCACUAAGUUUUGAAUGA